AAACACAUCUGCUUCCCAGACCACUGACUGUCUAAACCUGAAAGAGCAAUGCAUUCGAGCUGCAAAUGGAUGUGAAAGUGUCUGGAAUGUAAUUGAAGAUGCCUGUAAUAUUUCAGGCAACAGCUGCAAGGCAAAAGAUUCAGUUGGCUGUAAUACAACCAUCCAAUUCCUGGCUGACCAGUAUCCACAAUUUAAAGACUGUAUCUGCACCAAAAAUGAUUUUUGUAGCAUCAAAGUGUUGCUUGGGAAACAAUGUACCAUUAAAAAAGGGCAUUUGGAGCCUUCCCUAAGCCCAGAUAUACCGUUAAACUUCAGGUCGCACUCAGAAUCCAGAGGCAUGCAACGCACGGGGGAAUCAGAAAAUGAUUGCAGUAUUGCAAAGCAAAACUGCCGAGAAGACCAUAACUGCAUUUUGAUGUAUAAGAACUUCCAAAGAGUUUGCAGGACAGAGGUAGCAAAAUGCAGUCUCCAAAUGGUUGGGCAACAAUGUUUGUCAGCAUGGAAGGAGCUGAGGAAAACCAUGCUGGGGAACUGCAAGUGUUCAGAACCAAUUCAAAAAAGAUGUGCUAAAAUAUGGAACAGUAUCUUUAAUAACACUUGCUUACAGUACAUGCAGGAGAAUCAAGCUUUUGCCAUGAGGAAAGACGACUAUCAUGAUGAGAGAAAUCAGGGCAUUUAUCCAGAUAAUAUUAACAUGGAAACUAAAUUACAAUGGAACUUAUCUGCUCUUUCCAAACAUGAAUACAUAGAGAAUGGAACCUGUUUUGAUGUAAACAAGGAAUGUAUUGAAGAUGAAGUAUGUAAUAAACAGUUAUCUCUGUACCUUAAAGUUUGUUCAGUAACUAGAAAGCAGUGCAACAUGGAACAGUGCCAAGCAGCCAUAAGGUUCUUCUAUCAAAAUAUGCCUUUUAAUGUUGCCCAGAUGUUGACAUUUUGUGACUGCAUUCAGCCUGAUGAAUCUUGUCAGCAAGCUAAAGAACUUCUUCAUGGCAAGCCAUGUGCAGUCAACAUAGUUCCCCCUCCUUCAUGUCUAAAUGUAAUUCACAGGUGCCAAGACAAUGAAUUGUGCAGGAAAAAAUAUGAAGUGUUUCGGUCUAAGUGCUGGAGACAUGUGACAAAAAGAUGCUAUGACAAUAAAGCUUGCCUUGAAACUUUAAUCGAGGAUGAUCUGAUUUGCUCUGGAAGUGCCGACUGCAGAGCAGCUUACAUUGACAACUGGGGCACCAUGCUUCGCGUGGAAUGCACCUGUCAUACUGUCCCACUAGCUGAACAGUCUUUGUGCAAGCUCUUCCAUCACCUGCUUCACAGCAAGUCCUGCUUCAGUCAGAUUUCAAGAGGAAAGACAGAUCUUCAGCUGAUACAUACUGAUAUGCCAGGAGAAAAGCUUCCCAUAACAAGGUUCCAUUCUUUAUUUAAUGGUGAAACAAUCUAUAUUAUUGCAUAUACAUCUUGCAUAGGACUCAUCCUGGGAGUAAUCCUGGUGGCUCUCUUAAAGACCAGAGCCUGCAGAGCAACAUAUCCAUCAAGAAAUCCCUCACCAGUUCAUUCAUCUGAGAUUUUUAUGGUCCAUUAACAGUCAUAGAUAAUCAAUAUUGUGGCAAACUCUCUUUAAGGCUAUUCUUGGUAGCCAGCCUGUUGUGGAUAAGUCAUAAUAAAAUGUAUGUUAUAAAGUCUAGUGUGUGAUGGGAUUUUGUGGUUGAGAGUAUGAAAGUUUUAUAUUUACUUAUAUGUGCAAAACCUUUCCCAAAUGGAAAAAUGUUAAAACUGCACUAAUUCACUCACCUGUGCAUGCUCAUUGAUUUAUACGGCACUGUCUAUUUGCCAUAGCUCUGGACUGUCAGUAGAUGAUUGUAAAAUAUUCUUCUUCUUCGUCUGGCUGAUGGAAAGGUAGAACAACUAUAAUUUUACAUUUAGACGGUUAAUCCAGAUAACUGUGUCUGGAGCAGCAGAGUGUAUUGCUGUGAUGCCUCCUUUGUAUUUGUGACUCAGGCAUUGAGUUGUUAUAUGUUACAUGAUCUGUUUUGGGUGACCACAGUUGCACACUGGAGAAUCUUUAAUUUUACAUUUGAGCAUCUGUCAUAGUUUGUGUAAAAAUAUUAUAUCAGCAUGAAUCUGGGCUAGCUACAUGGCUAAGAGUGGCAAAAAGAAGGUUAAGACUGAUUGCAGUCUGUAAGUACCUAAAUGGUGAA